CGCACAUAUCAUUUGGCAAAUUCCGAAAUCUCAGGCUUCUGUCCAAAUUCACGGACCAUCGCGCCCCUCCCCCAAGUCCAAAGGUGCUUCCCGCCCUGCAACGCUAUCUGGCGUCAUCCUAUCGUUCCUAUCUCUCCAAUCAAAAUCUGCCGAGGCGCACUCUUCCGGUUCAGUGCCUAACUGUUUGUCAAGCCCCGCAGACGCUAUGAGCAUGGAGCAAUGGUGUUAGGCAAAUCGAGAGGCUCCAACUAUUCGGCAACAAGGUGGCAAGCUUGAGCGUAAAGCGAGUCUGCAGUUAUCUGGGAAUAUGAGCAAAGAAGCCGGGCAUUGCAGACCCGCAUCGCUGAAGUUCACCAUCGAUAGCAUUCUUAAUCUGAAACGCAAUGAGAAGGAUGCGCAACGUGAAGAGGCAAGGGAGGACUCACUGGGCAGGAAAGAUUCGUGGAGGGGGGACAUCAGAUUCCAUUCUCAGCAACCAGAGUCAAAUAGCAGGAUACAGAAUACAGAAUCGAGUGGUGAGAGCUACUGGAAACCCCCUCGUGCGUUACCGGUGAAAAGAGAAGACACUUUGGAGGUGACUGACGCAUCUCCCACGGCAGAAAGCACUGGCAGUGAGGAUAACUCCGAUCCGCAAAAAUGCAGCAAGAAGUCUAAAGCGCUGGCGAAGAAGAAGACGCGCACCAUCUUCUCAAAGCGACAGAUCUUCCAGUUGGAAUCUACAUUUGACAUGAAGAGGUAUCUCAGUAGCGCAGAGCGGGCUUGUCUAGCCAGCUCAUUACAACUGACUGAGACACAGGUUAAGAUUUGGUUUCAGAACCGGAGGAAUAAGCUUAAACGACAGCUAUCGACGGACUUCGAUGGAGCGGGCACAGCGGACCUCUUCUCGGACUCUGGAAAGUCCGUGCAAUUGCCAGCACUGUACAAAGAGAACCACAUCAGUAACAUACUUGGUGGAUGUGUAUUACCCGUUCCGCUUCCUCUCAUGUACUCGGGAAGUAGCUCGCCUUACUUGUAUUUCUCAAACGCCAGCAAAUACAUUGGCCUGUUUGAUGGAGACGUAUAAUAAAAAACCGAAACUCCGAAAGUGUUUAAGAACAAUAAAAAAGACCAACGAUAGCGGGGCGACCCCGGCAAGCUUUUCCUGUGGAGGACUUAGACUGUGGUAAAAAUGCAUUUUUUAAAAUGUGAAGAUUGACCUUUUUUAAUUUUGGUGCAAUUAACAACGCAUUACCCUCCUUUAAAACACCAGAAAUUAGUUGACCUCUAAUGAUAACCUCCUUGUCUUUAGCUAAUUUUUAAAAUAUUGUUUUUUCAAGUUUCUGAAGGAAUCAAACAGACCUGUUUGGGAAUACUUAAAAUAUCACAACUGUAUUAUUAUUAUUAUUAUUAUAUUUUAACAGUUAUUUCUACAUGGAGGUCAAACAACCAAAGUUUAAUGCAAGCAUUUAGGCACUGAUGGAAUAAAUCUGUGCAGAUAAUAUGUCAGUGAAUAUAUAUAUAAAUAUCUUUUUUUAUCUGAUGCAUGUUUUCUAUUAAUGAUCUCAUCCUUUCACUCUUUUCCUACAUCAUUAGAUCACCUGUAUGGAAGCCAGGGAGUAGUGUGUGCUUCUUAGUUAGCCCUCCAGUUAUUGUUGUUAUCCAUAGUCAUUCUUUCUUUCUUUCUUUCUUACUUUCUUACUGUCUUUCAUUUUUUUUUCUUUUUUUUUCAUUAUGCACUUUACCUGGCUCGUUUAUUUUCAGACCUUUUCCUUUUUCUUCAAAUGUGUUUUGUUUUACAAAUACAGACAUCUACAUUAUUGAAUUUAUUGAGUUAUAAUACCCUGAUG